GAAAUCCUUUGCGUUGUAUCGCGAGAUUACUUUCGUGCUGUCUAGUACAGCACUAAAAACUGUCAGUGAGGUUAGAGGGGGUAAGAAUUUCUCAAAUCGGCGACUGCCGUUCAAACAGCGCUGUGAAUGUCCAAAUCUGUGCUCUGGUGGCAUUACGAACCUAACGUUUGACACCGAGGAGAAAAACGGCAGCGUUCUCGUCCAAACUGUACAGGCCAACAGUCUCUGAACUAGAUCAAACAGUGCUGUAAUACAGCGAGCAAAUGGCGUUGAAAAGAAUCCAAAAGGAGCUGACAGACCUACAGCGAGAUCCACCAGCUCAGUGUUCAGCAGGUCCAGUCGGAGAGGACUUGUUUCACUGGCAGGCAACAAUAAUGGGGCCGAACGACAGUCCAUAUCAAGGAGGGGUUUUCUUUCUUACGAUUCAUUUCCCAACAGACUACCCCUUCAAACCACCAAAGGUCGCAUUCACAACAAAAAUUUACCACCCCAAUAUUAACAGUAACGGAAGCAUUUGUCUGGACAUCCUGCGAUCUCAGUGGUCACCUGCGCUAACUGUAUCCAAAGUCUUGUUGUCCAUCUGCUCUCUGUUAUGUGACCCGAACCCAGAUGACCCGCUGGUACCCGAGAUCGCACAUACAUACAAAGCAGACCGAGAAAAGUACAACAGACUAGCGAGGGAAUGGACGCAAAAGUACGCCAUGUGAGAGUGCCUGCCACUGAAACGCUACAAAAUCAAACGGACAGAGAAACGUGUUUUUACUUUGAACAAGAGGAGUCAAAAGAAGUGAAUGUUGAGAGCGUCUAAACACCAGACCCUUGGAAGGGAAGCGGAAGGCGGAGGCGAGGAGGUGAGAGCCGCUGGUACACGUUGGCCGCUAUGUGCUGAACCCGCUGUCAUGUGCCGUUCUCCCAGAUCCGCCAUCACAACGGCUUUGCCUGGGAAGCUCCAGGAAAACUGUAAAACCGGACAAACCUCGGGGUACCACAACCCAGGAAGUUAGACUCGUACUACUGUUAGUUCUCUUAUAACCGUCAUUUGUGAUUUUCUCAGUGUUACUGUUGGCGUUCUUGCUCUUGUCACCGCUGAAUGAGGAAGCGUUGGGCUGAAGUUGGAAAGGCGACGAGACGGGAUUGAUGGCGUCGGGGGCCCCUGUGGAAACCAUAGUUGUCCGUGCACUUUCAUUUUACCAGUUUGCGAUAGAAUGUAAAAAAAAAACAAAAACAAAAAAAAAAAAGGUCGGAAAGACCUUGCUGUUUGUAGUCUCCGCCUUCCAGCUUCCUGCCGUUUCGGUGUUAUCCCGUAAAACACUAUGAAUGUGAUUCUAGGAAAAGGUUGUGUCCCUACUGAGCAGAUGUGAUUCGAUUUUUGAACAAAUGGAGGUCAUAAAAAUAGUCAAGUGAGUCUAUAUCUUUGUGCUAUUACAAAAAACACGAAACGUAACACGGUGUCCUAACCAGAUGCGAUGCAAUGAGGAUCCAGCGACCAUAGCCUUAUUCUCUAUUCCCUGCUACUUCACUAAUUUAGUCCACUUUUAGGAGAGAAUGUUAAUUUAAUUGGCCCCAGCCUCAUGUUUUCUAGCUGUUGAGUGUACAUCGGGGGUGUACGCUGUUUGUAGCAGUGCAUUGUGGGAUUGCAUGAGUAAACUCGAUGGACACCACUAUAUAUAGUGAGCUUUUAAGAGUAUAGGGGGCACGGACAAGAAAGGCGUGGCGAAAUCAUUCGCAAAUUACAGCCAAUCGGAAUAGAGUGUGUGGGCGGAGCUCUCUCUGAAACUCACCGCUCUCUCACCGAGUAAUGAAUUAAUUUCAUUUAAAUUAAUAGUUUUAACAGUAUUUAAAGUAUAUCGGCGACUUGAUGCAGUUUUGUUUGGGAAAUACACUGGUAUUUCGAGGUGUUUUUCGUUAUGGCGGUAAAUGUAUACCGAAAUAACGCAAAUAAAACCUUUUAUUAUUUUAAAAAACACGGAUAGGUUUGACCGUUGUCAGCCUCGAGGUAGCGGGAAUUUAGAAAUAAAUGUGUGCAUUAUUUUUAUCGUCAUGAAGAACAAAGGAUAUCAGACCUUUCAGAUAACAACAUGUGAAAUGAGCACAAAACUCAAAAAAAAAAAAAAAAAAAAAAAAGGAGAAUGAGGACUUCCUUGGCUACAGACAUGCCACAUUGGACAGGUUCGAGCAAAUCUGACCAGCAAAAAUUGCUAUCUGAAAAAUAAAUUUGUAAAGAAUUAUUAAAAAAACGAUUAGUCACCUGUCACUCAUGGCCUGUUGAUUAGGACAAAAGCAAAAUGGAGAACACUUUGUAUCGUAUUGCAUUGCAUCUCAUUAGGACACGGUGUUAUUUUUAUUUAUUACACAUACAGUGUUUUAUUUUAUUUAAAUUUUUAUGUUAUCGUAAUCAUAUCUCCUUUUGACAUAUUCUUUAUUUAACCUCGAGUGUGUUUCUCUGAAUUAAGCUGGCCGUUCUCACAGGACAUGCUCUCGCUUGUCGCUCAAGACGGACGUUUUUCUAACAACGUUUUGGUUCUUGUUUGACGCUCAAGUGUUCAUCUCAGAUCGUUCCGGGGGCGCGUUAACCAUUUUUACUGUACAUAAACGCGCUCGCCGGGCACGAGCGCACGGGGGAGGCUCCUUCGACCUGUUUUUAACGCGAGAGAAACGCGUCCUGUGCGAACGGCCACCGAACUGAAUUCACCUCAGCCGCAUGUGCAUGAUAUGGCAGAUGUGUAAGUAUUUGUUUUAUGAAGUGUUGUGAAGUUGCUUUAGGAGCCGAGGCAGAUUUUUAUACUCGUCUUAAAAAAAAAAAAAAAUCACCCAAUUUGCUUGCAGAAAAAAAAGAGGGAGCAAAAACGCUGAACGGCGGGACUGUGUGGAGAAUAAUAAAAAAAAAAUGCCACCAUUUCUGCCAAAUGUGAUUAUGCCCCUUUAAGAUUUGCAGGCAAUGGGCACGUCAUAGCGUAUGAAUGCAAUAUUUUUCGGCUCUUUAGCGUUUAUCUAUUCCACAAGAGCGUAAUCCUUAAUAAUCUUUAGAUGCUCUUGUUCCUGUAGUCACUGAUAUUACUAACGUCGGCCGGAGCAGGCGGCACGUUUGAUGUGCGAGCGGCGCAGGUGCUGGACUCCACUUCUUUUACUGUAAAUGCAUUUUUGUAAACGCGCUCAUGAACUCGCGGCCGCCUAUUUAGAGGUGGAUGAUCGAGAUGUUUACACGUGAGCAGGACGAAUACUCUUUCUUCGCCCGUCCGGACUGGAGCUCGGGAAGAAGCGCGAACGUCUCCUCGCUCUCACCUCCUGGUGCUGCCCUCCACAAGCCCGCGGCUCGAGACUCCCUGAAAAAGGGCUAAAAUACCGCCACAAUUCUAUUCGGCGUCGAGGCGGUCGAUGCUUUGCGUCCGGUUCGGCUCCGGAUGCCCCCCGAAAAUGUGAAUAUUGCGAUCGUUUUGCUCGGAACCGGUGACCGUCUACUGCGAAACGCGCGAGGAGAGACGUCGAGGCAUGUUCACGCUGCCGUUUUUUUUUCCAUUCGAGCUCUGAAUGAAAAGUGCCAUAAAAGUUGAUUCCGAAGUAGUUUUAGUAAACGCUUGUAACGUUAUCUGUCGCCGCUCACUUUCACUGCGUGGAGAGUGCAGCGUGAACAUGCAUCAGAAUAUCUCCUUUUGUGUUUCACCCCCCAAAAAAGUGGAAAAAAACGUGAUGGUGCGCGAAAUGAUAUUUACCUUUUUUCUUUUGAAUUGAAUGUAAAAUUUUAUGCCAACUUCUCCUAACCUUUGCCUCGAAGACCGAUGAUACCGUCUUCGUAUCAGCAAAUCUUUUCACUACUAAAUGCGCAUCUGGAAGUAGGAUGUUUGUUUUAAUUUAUUUAUUUAUUAGCUAUUUAUUUGUCGUCUUCCAGUCAUCAGCUCAAAUGCAGUCGGCCUGGAUUUACGAGCUGCUUCGUCUGAACCCUUUUCGAGAUUGUGCUAAGGCAGUAUAGCAUGCUUUGCACUCUGGUAGGCUACAACCUUUUUUCCGCAGCUAUUUGCAAGAUAUCAGGGAUCUUUUUUCCAUUCUCUCACCUCCCUCAAGACCCUCAAUAAAACCUUAGCCUUAACCAUCAAUGUAUAAGCGACUGUACUGUAUUGUUUACUUUGUGUUUUAACUGUUGAUUGGUACUGUACUACUUUGUGUAUCACAUACACACGUACACAGAGCCAUAAUGACCUCUCCUGCUAACUGUUUGUGCUAAAAAAAAAAAAAAAAAAAAAAAAACCCUGUCAUUUAACCAGCUCUCUCCUCAGACUCAGUACAGCUGAGACUAACCUCCAAGGUGUCAACUUUAGUGAAUAAAGCUCCUUUUGUUUAA